AUGGCAGAUAUAGUGCUGAAGCCCUUCCAAAUCAGGAACCUACAUUUCUAUCCGGCAGAGGAGAACCUUUAUGACUCUUCGACGGAGAGUAUAGUCUCCAACUCCCCAGCAGAUGACACCCAAGCCAGGCCAUCGAGCCUCAUCCACUUGUCGGCGGGAGAAUACGAUAAAAUUAUCAACGAUCAUCCAAAUGGAACUCUAACAUAUAUUGACGACGAUGACGGUGACAUCAUUACUGUUGGAUCCUCUUUCGAACUCGAACAACGACUUGAUGAACCAACACCAUACACAGCGGUCACCUCAUCAAAUCAAACAGAACCAACUCCGAUCCAUCUGUUUGAUAUUCGUCGACGCAGGUCCAUAAUCAAGCUUUGGAAAGAUAUUGAGAAGCGCUCCGAACUGCACUGGGACUUCAAAGCUCCAGAACAAACCACUACGGAGUUCAUGGACUCAUCGAAACCUAGCGAAGCUGGUACUUCGCUUCACUCCCGUGGGCUAGACUCCAACGAGUCCACGGACUUGCGGAAACGAUGGUUGGAUGCAUGCAGGCCGCCUCGGCUCCAGUCUCAGGAGACGGAGAAAGAAGUCCCAUCCCCUAUCUCUCAAGACGUGGAAUCCUCCACGCCGACUAUUAUGUCACUGUCGGCUAUUACAGAGGAGGGUAGGCGUCAGGCUGAAGAAGCUGGAAGUCGUAUACGAGGCAUUUGGGAUUUAAAUAAUACUGCAGCUUCUCAAGCAGCUCCCGACUUUAUCCGCAACCAACCGAAUCCUUGGGCUGUUUUGGUAGAACCGGUAUUGGAAAGCAAGAGCAAUAGUCAUACGACCGAAUCCUCAACUAAGCUGCCUUCGCAGGCAUCAAAAUUGCAUGAGGGUCCGCUCCCAGACUCCCAAUCAUCAUCAUCGAAGACAGAGGCAGAGUCACAGCCACUCUUAUCUGCAUUCGAGGCUGAGAUGGCCAAAAUCCUGGAGAAUGCUCAAGGCCGUGUAAACGAAGCAGGCAGCUCUUCUACCGCUCAGGAGCCACAAACCCACCGUCUCGGGUCGGUAGAGCCGACGUGGCCUGUCAAUCUAAUGACUGGUAUUUUGCAGACGGUUGCAGGUGGGAUUGAGAACCUGGGAUCAGAGCUCAAAACAAAGAUUCCGGAAGUGGAACGCCACUUAGUAAAUGCACAGAGAGCCAUACCUGAGGAUUUAGGCCCCAAGUUGCAGACGGCAUUGACAGUAGUUGAGUCACAGAUCCAGAAUCUGACACAGAUUAUACAGCACGCAUCUGAUGCGUCAGGCGAGGCCGCUGAAAGGGUUCGUCAGGCCGACCUCCGUGCUACCGAGGAGGUGCUCAACGGGCUUGGAGACAUGGCUCAUGAGUUUGAGGAUUUUGGAAAAACCUUGUUUGCUGCUUUUGAGGCUGAGUUUGGUCAACAAAACAGCAGCAGCGAAACAAAUUCCACCAAUGCUACUAUUGCAAGGGAAGGCGAGAAUAUUGCACAGUCCCAAACUCGAGAAGAGAAAGUCGCGGUAGUUACUCGGCCACUCGAUCAGAGUACUGAAGCUGCUGCGGAAGCACCUUUGGAUACAACCUCAGCUACUGCAUAUCAACAUACACCCCCACCUCCUCCAGCUGCUCUCUUACCAUCUCAUCUACGAGAGUCUUUGCUCUCAGAAAUCAGAAACAGUGCUGUUCAAAAUAAUCAGCCACGGGCAGUUAGCCCUCUCCAACAACAGAUGCCAGAGUUAUCGCCCAAUAUGCGAGACUCGUUGCUCUCCGAGAUUAGAAGCAGACCUACUCUGCGAGAUUCCUCUCCUUCGGAGGCUGGGAGCAGCCCUAUUCAAACUAAUCAGCCACAGGAAGCUUACCCUAUUGAAAAACACGACAACAUAAAUCCCUUAUUUGUCAAUUGGCCAAACCGCCCAGCCUUUGUGUUGCCAUCUAAACCAGCAGCCACUCAGCCUCCAUCUGUACUCACAGUCACUCGUCCGCCAGUGCCUCCAAAGACUGUGAAUGAUAAGCCAACUGAGUUUCUCUGCUCAUUGCAGGAUGAUACACAACCAGCAGUACAUUCAGAAACCAAGGAGCCAGAGCAGGUAGAUGAUACAAGUAAGACCCUGUUCAUGGGCAAUAUUGGAUUUGAGGUCACUGAGCGAGUCAUAGAGGAGGUAUUCUCCUCUCAAUCCUUCCCAACCAAAGUCCACCUACCAAUAGAUUCCUCUACUGGUAAGCAUGCUGGAUUCGGAUAUGCCAAUUUCACCUCCGUUUCGUCUGCCAAAGCUGCUCUUGCCCGGUUUCAGGGUGUUGUCAUUGACGGCCACUCAUUGAAUUUGGAGUUAUGUGACAACUCUCCCAUCGGUGACUUGCAAACCCAAACCCCUGUCAACCAAUCGAGACUUUCAAACCUGUAUACUUCAAGCGCUGGGGGAGUUGGAGAACGCCGGCCACCUGUUACCUCAGGUGACAACCUUCCAAGCGUUUUUAGUGGUAAUGCUCGUAGCAUUAUGCCGCACUCCAACAGGCCCGGUUACCCGCAUAGCAGUUUGACACCCCAAGAUCAUCCGGAGGAAACUCCCGAGUUUGCUGCACGGUACCCUUCUCUUCUUCCCGCCUUCAAGUCUCAGGAACAUCCUUUGACAGCACCUGCACGUUCCAUGACGUUCAGUCCCAGUUCGGAGAUUGCUCGCUUUCCUCCUAUUUCACAGAUAGAUGCACAUCUUCUUGCGGAGACUAGCCAAUCUCGGACGGGUCCCCAUCGUGCCUCUACACUGCCGUGGGAGGAGUCCAGGACGAAAGGCGAAGAACACCGUCGAAUGCGAGAGCCACGACGUGUCUCUUCCACUAUCAACCGGAGGUCUCUCGCUCAACCUCCUACACAACCAGACAGCGCACACGCUCUUAGACGUAGAGCGACGGAGGCUAACUCAUUGCGUCACCGCACUUACGGCAAUCCCUUCCGAGAACAACGUCCCGUAAGCCUCUAUGAUAGACCUACAGGGCCGAUUCCUGGCAGUUUCCCGGCGGAUGAUACCCCAAUGCCGGCUACCAACAAUGACGAGCAUAACGCAGGCGAUAGAGGGUUUCAAUAUGCGAUGCAGCAAAGCCUAAUUGACCAGUGUGUUGAUGAUCUGUUGAGUCUCGGCUAUGGCACAGUUGUUGAUGGAGGACGAGAUAGACUGAGAAUCAUUGCCGAAGCUGCCAACUCUCAGGUCGCUGAUGCAAUUGAUAUGAUUGAGGAGGAGCGGACGGCUUAUGAACGCUAUACUCCAAAUGCUUGAUCAAACUUGUUUCUGAAGAGCGAAUACAAGUAUGAUACCACACUCAUUCAUGAUUUUGCUUUCUUGUGCGAACGUGAAGAUUAAGGGCGUAUUUGGUGCCAUUCAUGCUGAUAAAUAAAAGAUAGUUUAGUAUCUGAAUAAAUUGAAGAAUAUCUCACUAGUUC